AUGCUGGAGCAUUUUGGUGCUGCAUCAGAAACAAAAUCUGAGGCAGACUCAUCUGCCAGUCCAGAGACAGAGGCAUUCAUGGAAGCAAUUGACAUGGGGUUGGAGUCAUCAGAUGCAGACAUUGACAGAGAUGGAGGCAGUGGGCAAGGCACACUACCCAAAAGUCUACAAACCUGGGUGCAAUUGGGACCUGCAAUCCAUCAGUUGCCACAUGAAUUUAUGGAUGUGAUAGCAGAGGCUGCCACCACCAAGCAGCAAGCCAUGCAGGAAUGCAAAUGUCAAGCCAAAGAAAGGCAUCAAGAGCAAUGGCACAGCAAACAGUGCACAAAGAGAGAAAAGUGCACUGCAGAUGGAAGUGAUGGUGAAGGGGAUGACCAUGAUGGUGACACCUCUGCUGAGUACAUGUGA